ACCCCGGCGACAAGCUGCGGCUCUGGGGUUUGCAGCCGAACGAGGCGGAAGUCGCUCUUUUCCUUUACAGUCCCUCAGUCUGGCGGAAAUUAAAGAGCUGUAAGAGAGGUUCCGGAGCUGGCCUGGCGUGUAGGUGGCCAGAUGGAGACCGAGACUGUACACCCGCCGCUGACCCGCCGCCCGCCGCUGGCCUCUUCCUGGGAUGUCGCGUGCGGAGCCCUGGCCCAGAGUCUCCAUCUCACCCGGUCUGAUCUCGGCGCCCGGGACGCCGACUGGGAGGAGCUGCUGGCGCCGCCUGCCACCGGCCAGGAUCUGGUGAUUUUGAAAAGGAACGUGAACAGCCAAGAUGAAAACCCCUGCUUCCUUUACCUGCGAUGUGACCCUCCUGGAGGUGAAGAAAUCGUUUCUAUUGGCAUUUUAAGUUCAGCAAGAAAUAUGGAAGUAUACUCAGGAGAGGAGUACUGUGGAACCAGUAGGGGCAAGAAUGUUUGUAAUGUUCUGGAUAACAGUGAACAUGAAAAGAUUAUUUUGUACAAAAAAUAUCUAAAAUUGGAGUCUUCCACACAUGCUUGUAAAAUAAAGUUGCUCUCCUUUGGUGAAAAGCAGUGUGUGUUCAUCAGUAAAGUUGUGGUACACAUGAGGCCAGUUUUGGCAAAUUCUUCAGCAGGCUGUCCUGCUCUAGGAUCAAGGAUAGACCUGGAGAGGGUCCAAACCAUCAUAGAGUCCUUGGGGUCAAAGUUAUCACCUGGAGCUCAGCAACUGAUGAAUAUGGUUAGAUUCCAACAGCAGAAUUGUAUUCCCAUCGGACAGCAGCUUCAGUCAGUUUUGGGAAGCACUGGAUACAAGCACAUGAUCGGACUGCAAUCAUCAUCUGCUUCAGGGGCCUUCGACAAGUCAUCCCCCACACCUUUCCCUUCCAGGACUGGAUUGACAUCUGGAAGCGUGGCUGAAGACUUAAAAGCUUACAUUGAUAAAAGUGCGCAGCCAGCUGGUGGAGGAAAUAUGACAAGCCUCCAAGAGUGUAAAAUUGUGCCACAAAACCAUUCUCUUCCUGAGAAUGAUCUUAAGAAUGCAGUAUCUUCUUUGUUACCAAAGAAAGCAAGUGACAGCUCACACAUACCUAACUCUGAGUUGCUGCCUGUUCUGCAGAAUCUGUGUAGUCAAGUGAACCAUCUCCGUGUGGGACCCAACACCAAGUGGCAGGAAAGCAUCACCAAGCCCGGCGAAGGCAUUGUUGGUGUUACAAUGGAAGAGCAAUCCAUUUGUUCCUACUUGGAAAAGAUUCUUUCUAAAAAUAUGGAACUGAUGGAAAAGAAACUUACGGACUACAUUGAUCAGCGAAUAUAUAAACUCCAGGAGCACAUAGAUAAUAAGAUUGCUUUGUUAGUGGACUUGCUGCAAAGUCCCAAGUCCCCACCCUCUGGCAUGCCUCUAAGACAUUAUGACUCUGGAGAAAGACUUUCAAAUGGAGAAAGAUAGCACUGAACGUGUUCAAAGUACUACAGAUAUUUAUUACAUAUUUAUUACAAAUCCAAACCCCAAAAAGUCAAAGCAACUAUUUAAUGUCAUUUGAGGAUCACCGUUUACUUACGUAAAGCAAUCUCAGUGUUCAUUUUAACUGACUGUUACUGUAAAUCUCAUCCUGUACACUAAGAGUUAACGUGAUAGGGUCAAAAAUUAUUUUUGUUUUCCAUAUUUUUCACUUUUAUAAGAAAUUCACAUAUACUUGCUUAAAGUGUUCAAGUUUUUUAAGAAUUUCUAAUGCUUUUCAUUAGUUGGUAGUUUAUAUGUGUUUGAUUGGAAUACUCUUAAUUUUUAGAAAGACCUUAUGUUUUACGGGUAUACAAAAUGCUUAGAAUACUUGAUUGUUAUUUUUUCGUUUUCUAAUUGAUCUUAGAAAACUGGGUACUUAAGACUUGAAACCUUUAAUUUCAGAUCACCAUAUUACCUUUUUUAUUGUUUAUUUCAGAUAAAAAAUUAGAUGUGAUAUUUGGCAUGUGUAAAAUUGGUUUACAUUGGGGCCAUUAAUUUUGUGUUCUGUCACACUGUAGUUAUGGAUAGAAAAGUAAAAAUUAGAACUGACCUAUUCUUUGUUAGGAUUAUUACUUUAGAUUUUAUGUUUGAUGUAAAAUGAGAGAAGUCAUCUUGUUUGAUCUCCGUCAACUCAGAAAGUAGAAGGAAUUCUCUCCUUUUCUGAGCUGAUACAGGUUCUUCUUUCCAGAGCCCUUUUCUGAUUAAAGUGUGAAAUGCUGAGGUUCUGCAUUGAAGGAUUAAGGCAUAUGAAUCAAGGAGAUGGCAGAUCUCUCUGGCAGACAUGAUUUUCAGAAAUUAUACCUAUUGUAUAUGCGUUGUAAGGUGAUAUACUUGCAUCUGAAAAAUAAAUGCAUCCACUCUGGAAA